CUUGUCUUCCUUUCCUUCGCUUUCUCGUCUCCGUGUGACCGCGUGCGCGUGUGUCCCCGCGAGGAAGCGGAACACCCAACCCAACACGCCUGCCUCCCUCCCUUCAUCCCCUCCAGAUCCAGCCUCCUCCUCCUCCUCCUCCUCCUCCCCUCCGUCGCCCUCCUCCUCUGCUGCUGAGUGAGUUCAUCUUCCUCCGUGGAGUCCGCACCCGGCCGCCCGCCCCCAAUUCGGUCGGGACCCUUCGAUUCGCUUCGACCUCCGUCGUCUUUUGGUUGGGAAACCUCAACGCUGGCGAGUCGGUCAUCACUGUUGAAGGCCAUGACAUCACUCUGCCAGGGCACCACAGGAAAUUUUGGCAAAACUGAAUGAAUGAGUUUUGGUCAGCUUGGGACCCAACAAAGAAUAAUACAAUUCGGUCCCAGGGUAAAGUAGCAGAACGUUGACAAAGAUUGCUCAGCGCACCAUGCUUGAGGAUUUCUUCACUCUUACUGAGAUGAAGGAUGGCAUCUCGACGGUCGCAAGGAUUGCAGAGCUCAUAUCUGAGAUGCACAAGCUGGAAAACUCCGCCGACAUCAACACGUCCGAUGUGAUAAGGCAGUGCUCUACGGCUGCCAACACACUAGCAUCCACCAAAAACGAAGAGUGUCUUCAGCAUUUCGUUCAGCUAAAUGGUGUUUCCUUUCUCAACCGUUGGCUUCAGGAUGCUCAAAAAUGUGUUGGGGACGUCAGAAGUUCAGCGGAGGAUCUUAUAGUUGCCAUAUUGACUGCUUUGGAGUGUCUUCCAAUCAGCAAUGAGCAGUCAGCCUCCUGUAGAGUUAUGCCUACUGUUGAUCACCUGCUUGCUCACGAGAAUGUCGUGAUCAACCAAAAGGCGAGAGCACUCCGUCACAAGUGGACUGGUGUACCAAAACAUGGUACACAUGGAGAGCAUUUUCAUGCAGAGGAGGCAUGCCAGACUGAUCAGCUUAAGUCUCCAGAAGCUAGCCACAAGACAGAAACUAAGAAGCAGAGUGUAGCGGAUCAAGACGGAGAGCCUGCUGAAGAAUCAAAACCUGAGGCGACAACUUGCUCAGAUGCACCUUUGUCCGAUCCUUCUCUGACUAAUGACAAUACAGAUGCAACAAAGCAACCACUAGGGCUAACAUCACCGAAUUCAUCAAAUGGAAACACAGCAUUAGGGGAUGUGAAAAACUUGGUCACAUCCCCUACAUCUCCAGGUCAUGUGGGUUUAGAAGGUGGACAAUCCACCACCAAGGAAACUUCUUCCAAUGAUGUAGAACUGCCCACUAGUGGCAUACUCCAGUCAAACUCUACUAAUGCAAAGAGUGGUACUGGACAAGAUGCACCGGUGGACUCGACUCCAACAGCCAUGUCUGUAGAGCAUAAUAAACCUGACAAGCUAUUUGCUAGUAGCAAAAGGGGUCUGGAGGAUAGUAUUGUUUCAGUUAGCUCGAGUAUCAAAGAGUCUGAGCCAUUUGCAUCUGGUAGGUUACAUUUGGAGAAGGAUGCUGAAACUUUGAAUCAUCUUGCAGCUGUAACCCGUGAUUUGCAAGAUCUGUCCGAGGAAAGUACAGGCAAAGAAGAUGAACCUACAUCUUCAUCUAGUACAGAUGAUAUGGACAUGAGCAGUGACUAUAUAUUGCAAAGAUGUAUGUCAAGCUUAGGGGACUCCUCCAAGGCAACAAACACAAAAUCCACUGCAUUGAAAGGGGAAAAAUCAACACGACUGACAGAUUACGAUGAUACAGAUGCACUAGAAGUAGCACGUCUGGUAGCUAUUGAGGUGGAGCGGGAAGUUAUUGACUACAGAGGACCCUUCUGUAGUUCUCCUGAUACUAAUUCCAGGAAUGCUGACAGUCCUGACCUGGAAGCACCGCGGCAGCCUGUAGCUGUUGCCAGUGAACUGAAUGAUAAUAAAUCUUCUAGUACAGAGGCUAAGUCAGGAAGUUCCUCGUCUCAUAAGGAGGAUGGAUCAGGCAUCACAGAUGGCAGUGGUCCGUUGAGUAGAAAACAUACACGGAGUGUGGAUCUGGGGAACUUAGACCUUAAUGAAAAUCAGUGUGCCGAGGAAACUGACUGUAAUCCAAAGUCCGUCCUUAGUAAUUCUGUCAAUUUGUCAAUGCCUAUAGCUGUGGCUGCUUCAAGAGGCUCAUCUGUGUUUCCAGCUCGGCUCCACUUUGAAGGUGGACUUGGCUGGAAAGGCUCUGCUGCAACCAGUGCCUUUAGACCUGCUUCACCUUGGAGGACUCCUGAUGCAGAGAAGUCACUUUCAGCUUCUUCACAUAAAACAAGCAACAUGCUAUUUGAUUUAAAUGUAGCUGACAGCGAUAGUGCUACUUCUGGUGAGCCACUCUCAACAGCAAUCCUGCCUACUUCUUCUGACCUACCUUCCAAGGGUGCUUCUAAAGCAGUGGGUAUGAGCGGACGACUGAAACUUGACCUUAAUUUCUCAUGUGCUGAUGAGGAAGAUGCUAUCACUGCAAGCAAUGUGCCGCCAUUGUUGAAUCGCCAACAGUUCAAUGGCAACUGGAGUCAGCCUUCUUCCUCCUCAUCUUCAAGGCAACCUGCAGUCAGAAACUUUGACUUGAAUGACAUGUCAAUUGCUGAUGGUCCUGUGCGAGGAAUGGAUGUGUCUUCUGUCAAGACUCCUUCAAGGGAUAUAUCAGACCAUUCUGCUGUCACAAUUAUGGGUAAGAGGAUAGUUGUAGGGCAGAAAGAUCAUGGGCAGCAAUACCAGCAUAACUUUCUGGGACCAAGUGCUGAAUCAAGAGUUCCUCCAAGACCUACUCAGUCUUUUGCACAUACUCCUGAAUAUAGUGUUUUCAGUUAUCCAUCUCAACCUGCUAUGCCUUUUCCCCCAGCGUUCUUUGCCCCUGGGGGCAGUCCGUACUUGGUUGAUGCAAAGGGUGCACCAGUCAUACCGCCUCUGUCAGGUCUAAGCCUCGGCAUUUCUCAUCCAUCUUUCAGCACCAGAGCAACACCACCCUCAUCUAAUGAAUUGAGUUACUUUCAUCCUAGCAUGGAUUUCAGUUAUGGAGUGCCAUCUGAAGGCGCACGUAGGGAGGCAGGGAGCUACUGGCCCGUGUCCUACCAGGGCCAGACAAUGUUUGUGGAUGAACGCAUGAGGAAUGUGUCACAGGGUGGUAGUUCUGGGUUGGUGCUGAAACGAAAAGAGCCAGAGUCAGGUUGGGAUAUGUACUCGCGUCGUUGAGUCUGAUGAAGGUUUGUUGCAGCCAUAAUCGAUUUUGUCCCGCUUUCUUAAAAAUGGUAUGUUCAAUGUUCCGUUUAUGACGGACCUUGGACAUUGUAUUCUAGGGUAUUUCUUUGGCACCUGAAAAUGGGUCCAGUUCUAUUAGGUCUGAAGACAUACACGGAGAACUGAAUAAGAGAUCAGCUACAGGUAGAUUUGAGAGAUGUUGACAUGGCAAGGACAUUGUUAGCUGCUGGAAACCACCUUGUGUAGAUCUGGUUCUUUGUGAAUGUAUUAGCUUUGUUUUAGUUGACAUAAUAUAGUCAAAUUGCUCUCUACGGAGAGCUGAAAUUAUGUAAAUCAUCAUCGUAUAACUCAUAGAUGAAAUGCAUCCCUUUUUAUCCAUCUUCCUUUUUUGUCCAGGGUUGGUGCAAGUUGUACUAUGAUCAACUAUAUUGUAUAUAUCAUUGUUUCAAGCUGCGCAUUCAGGUUUU